AUGGACUUCUUCAGCCUCUUCGUCACUUUACUCUGGUACCUCCCGUUUCUCUCCACAGCUGUCCCCGUCGCAGAGCCUGUGGCAGAGCCUGAAAUGCAUCUAGAGAAACGCAAAUCGGCGCAAACCUGCAAGAUUGUCAAUCUCAACAAAGGCCAGUACGUUAACUGUCGAUACGGGGCGACCACGAAGGCGGGAAAUAUCUUUGCAUUCAGCAGGGGCGACAAACUUAUCUUCUCCUGCAAAAAGAAAGGGCAAUGUGUGAAGGGUAAUUGGGGGGGGAAUGAGGCAAAGGAACAGAGGAAGGAAGCUAAGAACUGCAGUACCUGGGAUCGAGUAACCCUGUACGGGACUACAUGUUAUGUCAAUGGAUAUUUCACGGAUAAUAACUGCUCCAGUAUGUUAGAACGCUUUCAGGAUACUCAACUCGAUCGGUACGCAUAUAUGAACCUCGUGGCUGAUGCAAGUUGA